GGGUCGUUCCCGGGAUCGAGUUCAGAGGCUCCAGCGGCGGCAGCGGCGGUGGUGGCAGAGUGGAGUGGGCGCUAUCGUCAGGCCGACCCUCGUGUUGUGGUGCUGCGCUGGGCUUCCCCCGGUGGCGCUGCGGGCCCAGAGGGUCGGCCGCUACGCGUAGGUUUCCUAAAAGACAGAAAAAUGGAAGAAUCAGUAAACCAAAUGCAACCACUGAAUGAGAAGCAGAUAGCCAAUUCUGAAGAUGGAUUUGUUUGGCAAGUUACUGACAUGAAUCGACUACACCGGUUCUUGUGUUUUGGUUCUGAAGGUGGAACUUAUUAUAUCAAAGAACAGAAAUUGGGCCUUGAAAAUGCUGAAGCUUUAAUUAGAUUGAUUGAAGAAGGCAGAGGGUGUGAAGUGAUACAGGAAAUAAAGUCAUUUAGUCAAGAAGGCAGAACCGUGAAGCAAGAGCCUAUGCUUUUUGCACUAGCCAUUUGUUCCCAGUGUUCUGACAUAAGCACAAAACAAGCAGCAUUUAAAGCUGUUGCUGAAGUUUGUCGCAUUCCUACGCAUCUCUUUACUUUUAUCCAGUUUAAGAAGGACCUGAAGGAAAGCAUGAAGUGUGGCAUGUGGGGGCGUGCUCUUCGAAAGGCCAUAGCAGACUGGUACAAUGAGAAAGGGGGCAUGGCCCUUGCUCUGGCAGUAACAAAGUAUAAACAGAGGAAUGGCUGGUCUCACAAAGAUCUGUUACGAUUGUCACAUCUUAAACCUUCCAGUGAAGGACUUGCUGUUGUGACCAAAUAUAUUACAAAGGGCUGGAAAGAAGUCAAUGAAUUGUAUAAAGAAAAGGCACUUUCUGUGGAGACUGAAAAGUUAUUGAAGUAUCUGGAGGCUGUAGAAAAAGUGAAGCGUACAAAAGAUGAACUGGAAGUCAUUCAUCUAAUAGAAGAGCAUAGAUUAGUUAGGGAACAUCUUCUAACAAAUCACUUAAAGUCUAAAGAGGUAUGGAAGGCUUUGUUACAAGAAAUGCCUCUUACUGCAUUACUAAGGAAUCUAGGAAAGAUGACUGCUAUUUCAGUGCUUGAACCAGGAAAUUCAGAAGUAUCUUUAGUAUGUGAAAAAUUGUGUAAUGAAAAACUUUUAAAAAAGGCUCGUAUACAUCCAUUUCAUGUUUUAAUUGCAUUAGAAACAUAUAAAACAGGUCAUGGGCUCAGAGGAAAACUGAAGUGGUGCCCUGAUGAAGAAAUUUUGAAAGCAUUGGAUGCUGCUUUUUAUAAAACAUUUAAGACAGUUGAGCCAGCUGGAAAGCGUUUUUUGCUGGCUAUUGAUGUCAGUGCUUCUAUGAACCAGAGAGUUGUGGGUAGUAUACUUAAUGCUAGCACAGUUGCUGCAACGAUGUGCAUGGUUGUCAGAAGAACAGAAAAAGAUUCUUAUAUAGUUGCCUUCUCAGAUGAAAUGGUACCAUGUCCAGUGACUAUAGAUAUGACCUUACAACAAGUUUUAAUGGCUAUGAAUCAGAUCCCAGCAGGUGGAACUGACUGCUCCCUUCCAGUGAUAUGGGCUCAAAAGACAAAUACAGCUGCUGAUGUCUUCAUUAUAUUCACUGAUAAUGAGACCUUUGCUGGAAGUGUCCAUCCUGUCGUUGCUUUGAGAGAGUAUCGAAAGAAAAUGGGUAUUCCAGCUAAAUUGAUUGUUUGUGGAAUGACAUCAAAUGGUUUUACUAUUGCGGACCCAGAUGAUAGGGGCAUGUUGGAUAUGUGCGGCUUUGACACUGGAGCUCUGGAUGUAAUUCGAAAUUUCACAUUAGAUGUGAUUUAACCAUAAGCACCAGCAUGAUCUAAGAGGUCCAUGACAUCAGUGAUCUCACAGAAAAUACGCAGCUAUUCCCAGCUAAUUGUAAUCCAGUGAAAGAUGGUAAGAUGAGAAUGUAAUAUGUGCAUAAUGGAAAGUUUACCUUACCCAAAAACAAAAAGGAAAGAAAAACAAGAUGAGCCCAAAGUCCUUUCUAACUACUAAGCUAGCUUUUGGGAAAUCACUUCAGAAUACUCUGUGGCUUUCUCUGUCUAAUAGAGAACUUCUUAUUGAUGGACAUUGUAAAAUAAGUAAGUAGUUCAGUAUCAUACCAUGUCACUUGUUUGAGAGGCACGUAAAGUAUUCUCAAAAUGUUUUCAUUGGGAAAGGAUAGCUUUGAUAAUAUGUUAAUUACUCUGAAAUGCACUGGACCAUGUAACUGUGAUGGAAUAUGAAACUCAUUUGCAAACUUUUAUACUGAGGGGGUUUAAAAAAUUUUUUUUGACAUUUGAUUAAAUUGUAAAUGAGUUUUUAAAGACUCCUUUAAGAGUUUUCUAAAAUCAUAUAAAUAGUAGCUUUCUUAUUCAGUAAAAAAGAUGUUGUUUCAGUUGUUUUAUUUACAAUUGUAGAAUUAUUAUUAUUAGCCAGAAACAUAAUGGAAACCCCUGAAAAGCAACUCUAAAGUUUGUGACAGCUGAGAAAGUCUUAUUUAGUUCUCUUUUUGUUUUGCUGUAUUUUAUUGCCGUGAGUUGGGGGCAUGACUUGAUGGUUUCUCAUGAACUGUAACAUAGCCACAUGUAAUCACACUUUCUGUGUUUCAUACUCUUAAGUGAAAGCAACUGUUUUAAGCAUUUAACAUCCCCACUCAUAAUCUAAAAGUAAGACAAUUAAAUCAACUAUAACCGAGAUCUAAUUUUUUCCUUUAAAAUAAAUAUUCUAAUUACUUUGAACUAUUUUUAAGCCAAUUAUAAAUGGGUUUUAGAUAUUUUCUAAUUGUAAACAUGUCAGUGGUCUCCUGUUUCUUUGUCCAUUAUUCUUUCGUGGCAAAACAUUCUUUUUGAUCGUGUAAGAAAAUAAUAAAAGCAAGCUAAGUCUUUCAGGUUUGAAAGGCGAUUUUUGAGUAGCAAAUUACCACUAACUAGUCUGUAAAAGAUUUUUUUUUUUUUCAUUUUGUGUACCUCUAACUAAAGUCCCUGUCAUUAAAGUACGUUAUUUUCUUGACUAAACAUCCCUUUCUUGGUGGGAAGUUUAAAAUGUUUAAAUGCCAGUAUCUUUGCUUGCAAUUAUGGUUGUCUGACAUAGCCUACACAUAAAACUUCAAUUUUUAUGUAUUGUUCUUUAAAUAGUAAUUAAGGCUUCACUGGGGAUUUAAAGCCAUUCUCACUGUUACAAAGAAAGUCAAACUAGUAAAUGUAAAUCACAGUCUUUGCAUGUUUGGGACUUAGAGAUUUUAUGUUUUAGGGGAAGGGGAACUUUAGUAGUGUUAGAAUUUUUUAGGAUAUUUUCUUCUGUUUAAUGGGAAAUUUGGGCUCUGAGACUGACAAGGAAAUGUUUCCUUCAGAGUUAUUUGACAUAUUAAUGCUGACUCUCAUCUGUAGUCAUUUCUUCAAGGCAACUGGUAGUAAUUUGUAAAUCUUGUGAUUUACCUGAGAUUUUUUGGUGAGCAGAACUAGUAGCACCGACACCCCCCAGCCUAAAUACAUUGCAUCUGAUUUUAUUUUUAAACCCUCUCUCAAGCAUUGGAUUUAAUGUGUUAGCUACUUACGAUACAUUUAAAUACUAUGUUUAGAUUCAAUUUAAAGUUUCAAGAGCUAAUAGAAUUAUGUAAAGAGUUGUUGAAUUCUUUAAGUAAAACCAAGAUCUUAAAAAUUAUGAUCUGAACUUUUUAUUCCUAAUAGAAAUGUUAAGUGUAAUGUAAUAUGAGUUUAUUUCCUUGAGUUAUACACUAUUUCUGUAGUGCUUUUAGACAUAUAUUCAUGAGCUAAUAUUACAUCCAUCAGACAAGUAUGAAUAGAUGUGACUGUUUUCAGUACUUACGUAGAUCUAAUUAUAAAUGUAUUAGGCUAGAAUUUAAGAAAUAAAAUCUAAAAGGAGCCACCACAGGCACUAACAUUUUUUUUAAAUCAUGGACUUUUAAAGCUAGAAGAAACCUUAGAAAUUUAAAAGGUAACUUGUAAAUUUAGGUUAAGGAUACAAGGUCCAAAACAGUGUGACUUUGGAGCACUAGUUCUAGAAAUCUUGGUCUCUUCAUUCCUUCCAGUAUUCCUUUUUACACAAAAUUUAGUUAAGACAUUGACUCACAAGAGGAGGAGAUAAGAUAGAAUUAUUCAAGACUUUUGUCUUUUUAGGUAUUAGGAAAUAAAUGCAUAUGCAUGAUUGCUUUAGUAGGACUAGAAAAACAGAAAUUUGUGAACAUGUAUAGUUCUGUAGUUGUAUUCUGAAGCACAAUUAGUAACCUGUGUUGCUGUAUAAUAGUGCUAUAGAAAAAAUGUUAAAACUUUACCUCAUUAUGAAUAAAAUGCCCUCCAAUGAAAAAAUUUUAUUUUCUGAGUUACUUACAGGAUUACUACUACCUUAAUACUUAGAGAAGUGUUGCUAUUAAGAACAAUUCUAAGAAAAAUAAACUUUAUUUCCUAGAAAGUACAUAUUUUCAGGAUAUAGUCGUAAUUCGUAAAACAAAAACUAAUUUAUAAUUUACCUUCCUUGUUGAAAUUUCUUAGAUAUUCCAUUAAUUAACAUUGUUGUAUAUUAGCUUGUAACUGUUUUAUGGGAAUAUUAGGAAGAUGAUAAUGAAUGGUAUUUGUUGUUUUCCCUCUGGAAGCUCUUUUGCUUUAUUUAACUUGCUGUGUGUAGACAGCCUGUGUAAUAACCAUGUGAUUGAAUUUUGCCAUCUUUAAAAAGUAGCAUGUCUAAUGCUUGGGUCAUAGAAGAAUCGAUUUAAUAUCUAAAAAAGUUUAGAUUGGAAGGAGGGCUUGCAAUACAAAGUAGAACUUUUUUUUAGUUAAAAGCAAUUUUAAUAGGAUAUAUGUUUUGAAGGAUACAGUAUUUUAGAAAAGUAGCUCAGUAGGUACAAUAAUUCUUUGAAACACUUCUAUUGUGGUGGGGAAAUGUGGUAGGAAAAACUUUUACAGUAAAAGUAAAUGUUGACUGAGAAGUCACUAUUUUCUGAUGAAGAGAAAGUCUAUAUUUCAAGUCUAAGAUCCCUGUGGAUAGACCUAGAAAAACAAACUCAUAUAUCUUAAUCAGAAGAUGCAAUUCACAAAAAUUUGCUUAACCUUUUAAAAUAACAGGUAAAUCCACAAAUAAUGUCAUUUUGUCAGGCUUUUUUCCCCUCGUGUUCUGAGAUUUUUGCGAAAACUAUGAAAUUAUAUUUGAAAUUGAAGGCAGAAAUCCUGAGUAAAAUUGAGGAUCUGACAAUUGACAAAACAUUUGUAAAAACAUGGUAAAUCUAUGUCUAAACAAAUACAGGAAAUCCUAUGACCACUUAGGGGAGUUAGUUUAAUUUUGACCUAAAGAUGUUAAACCCACAAGUACACAUUUCUUUUUUAACUGAUGUCCUUACUAUAAGUUACAAAAAAUGAAAAAAUCUAGUCUUGUGUACCACAGAUUUGGGGUAAUUUGUUAAGGCUGUAUCCCCUCUACAGAAAUGUCAUAUAGGCUCAAUGUAAACAUGCACAAGGAGAAAGAAAAAACAAGCUAUGAAAUCAGUUGUAUUUUUCUGUACAGAUUUUUUUUAGUACUCUGCUUCCUAAUGUCAUAUUUGUUGGAAGAUUACUUUCAUAACUUUCAUACCAUUUUUAAAAAAAUUCCUUCUGACAUUUUUGCCUUUUUUUUCUAAUUAUGCUCUACCUGGGUAGUAAAAUGCAUGACAGAGAAGUCACCUAUAUUGGGAUUUGAGAUGAAUCUUGCAUAUUGCUUUUUGUUCCAUAUAAAUUUAAGAUUGUAUUUUUUCAAAUGAGAAGGCCUCUUUGAACAGUAAUUGGAUUGAUACAGUAUCUCCCCUAAUUUAUGUUUAUACCUUUUGCAUUAAAGUUUGCAGAGAUGUGUGGCCUUUAAGUAAGCAAUUAUUCAGCCUUUGUUUCCAAUUUUAGUUGUAACUCACACUUAUAAAAUGCACUUCGAAAAAAUAAUGAAUGAAUAGUCUUGAGAAAAUAGCAUGUCUCAGUGCUCUUACUUCCAUAAAUGUAAAGGCCACUGUCAAACCUUUGGUCUGCCUCAGACCUUCACUGAGCUUAUAUACACAUGGCUUAUACAUAAAAGAUCUUGCAAGUAAAUUGUAUUCUCACACUCAGUAUUUAUUUAGUUGAUGAGUUUUUUAUGUGUUUUGAAAAAUUGUGAAAUUAAUUUAUAAAUCCUGUGCAGAUAUUUUUCACAUAGAAAAUAAUACAGUUAAGCAUACUGUUUGAAUAAAAUUUUAAGUGACAUAUUUUUCCUAAACUCUGAAAAUACCAAAUUAUAUUGGAAAUUGGUAGAAACAGGAUUUCUGUAGCAAAAUUCUAUUACUGAAAUUGAGAUUGUUUUCAUUGAUUAUGAAUUCUGUAAAUACAAUGAAAAUAUACAAAAAUUGUUUUUGAGCCUAGAGAUUUUUCCUUUGCUUCUAUUUAGUUUAACACUGCCACACAUCAUAUUAAGAACACAAGUGAUUUAAUUUUUAAAUAUAUUUAAAUUUCUGUGCUUUAAGAAGUUAACAGAAAUCUGUGAAUAAAAGAAAUAAUACGCUGGAUUUCUGCUGAUUUCACUUAGUGAACACUUGGAUUGUUAAAAGUUGUAAAUGAGGUUAAAACCUUACUGUUUUAUAUAUCAUUACCACAUAUAACUGAUGGAAUGAAUAUUGUAUCAAUACAAACAUUGUAUUGAAACUCCUGUUCAAAUUACUUGUUAGACCUUAUUUGCAGUGUAAACUUGUUUAUAGUCCAUUCACUACCAAAUUAAAAUAACUACAUAAUGAAUAGUAACCAAGAAAUAAAUGUUUUCGUUGUCCUAUUAUUCCAAGUAUGAACUACAUAUAAUGUAUGGUAUGACUAGACAUUAUUUUUGUAAUACAUUUGAAAUACAGUUUUUUCCUUUUUUGCCAGCUUCUAAUUUCUCCAAAGGGAUGAAAUUUAUGAAAUCAACUUUUUUAAAUGAUUGGUUGGGGGAGAGGUAUUCUAAUCUAUUUCUAAACUGUCCAUCUGCUUUAUUUAAAGAUUUGAUUUUCAUAGUUGACCAUUUGAUGAAUAUUUAAAUUACACAGAAUAAUGUCAGCACAAAAUAAAAGUAGGGCCUUAAAGUGAGAGGAAAAAAAAAACUUUGACUGCCUUAAAUAUGACCAGCUCUCCAACACAGGCAUGCUAGUUACUUUCCAUAAGGUCUGUUCAUUAAAUAAUGCCUUAAUAGCGUUAGUGUUUCCAAGUACAGAACUCAAAGGAUCUUCUACAGCUUUCAGUUUUACAUAAUGAAUGGAAAUUUAACUAUUAAGUUUUUAAAACCUGAUUGUAUAUUGGUAUUUUAAGCACCCAUUAACAGGAUAAUCUGGGUACUCUUAUACAUAAAUGACUGUUAACAUCAGUAAUUUUGUGGUAGUUUUUAAGGUUUUUUAUUGUUUUGUAUAACAUUAAGCUAGACUUUAUCUAACAUGAUAUGCAAGGGAGAAGUUGUGUAUUUAAACACUAUUAAUGAAAAUAUAGUUGUAUAGUUAUAAAAAUGAUUUUUUAAUGGAAUUUUUCAAGGCAGAAGGUAAACAUUUUGUUUGAAGCUUACCAGCAAAUUUAUUCAAAGAAGUGAAUAUAGUUGCAAAACAUUGCGACUGUUGCAAUAAAAAUUAUCCAUGCCAGUGAUUUAAUUAUUUAAUUACAUUCAUAUUCUUAAAUUCACUUCAUCUUUCAAAGCAGGAAUAUUUUAUAAAACUGAAGGAAAGCUUUAAAUUGUCAAGCUAGUGCUUAAAAGUAUAUAAAGUUUGAUUUGAAAUUUCAUUUCAAAGGAGAGGACCCUGAAAGGAGGUGUGGGGGGUUUCUUAGGUCUGUUGAUAAACUAAUACUUUGUUGAGUCUUCCAAGUUUUCAUUGUAAAUAAUACAUCUAACGAUGUAAUUUUGCUGUUUUCUGAUAGAAAAAGGAUGAAAUACUAAAGCAUUAAAUUUACUUCAUGAUAAAACAGUUUUCACUGAUACUGUGAAAUCUUGACUCUUUUCAAGCCUAGAAAAAUAUAUUGAAUAAAUCAUUUCAGAUACAGAAUGCAGGUGGGCACUAUGUGAACUGUUUCUGGUCAGAUGUAUUGUAGAAAUUGAUAGAUGUACCAAAUAAACUAUGCACAUCAAGUAA